GUUCCAAACCUAGCCGCGAAGGAUAAUUGAAAGGUUUUCGCCAAUCCCCAUCCCUCUCUCUCUCUCUUUCAGCUCGUAACGGUAUACCCACCAUUAUCACUCUAUGGAGGAACACUCAGAACCCACAGAACUAUCUAACGAUUCCUUGGAACAAACAAUUGAUGAUACACCUGAGGAAAAUCCUGGUGUAGAUGACUUGCCUGAAAAUUCUCUCCCUCUAGAAGAGAAACAAGGUGAGGAGGAACCAGGUGUUGGAAUUGGUGAUAAGAAAUGGCCCGGAUGGCCUGGGGAAAAUGUUUUCCGGAUAUUGGUUCCUGCGCAGAAGGUUGGUGGUAUUAUUGGUCGCAAAGGAGAGUUCAUUAAAAAAAUGUGCGAGGAGACAAGAGCUCGCAUCAAAAUUCUAGAUGGCCCCCCUGGCACUCAAGAAAGAGCAGUAAUGCUUUCUGCGAAGGAAGAGCCUGAAGUUGCUAUUCCUCCUGCAAUGGAUGCUUUAUUAAGGAUACAUAAACGUCUGAUUGAUGGUUUGGAAAGUGACCAAGCUCAUGGUCCACCAAACUCAGGUGGCACAAUUUCAUCUCGACUUGUAGUGGCAGCUUCGCAAGCUGGAAGCUUGAUUGGAAAGCAGGGAGCCACAAUAAAAUCUAUUCAAGAAUCUUCCAACUGUAUUGUUCGAGUAAUUGGACCAGAAGAUCAACCUGUUCUUGUUAUGCCGGAUGACAGAAUUGUGGAGGUACAGGGCGAGCCAUUAGACGUGCACAAAGCAAUAGAACUAAUUGCCGCGCACUUGAGGAAGUUUUUGGUUGAUCGGAGUGUAAUUGGAAUAUUUGAGUUACAUAUGCAAAUGCCAAAUUCUCAGAUGGAGCAGAACAUGGCAACACAGUGGGGUCCUCCUCAGGGUUUUCGGCAAAAUGCUGGUGGUGGUCCUGGGUGUGGUGUAAAUCCUCAGUAUAUGAUGCCCCCACGUCAACAAGAUAAUUAUUACCCCACACAGGCUGAGUUUCCUCCUAUGGACCGACAACCUCACCAGGGUCUGUCGACCUAUGGAAGAGAGCCAACCAUGGGAGUUCAAUCUUCAACCAACGCACAGCAACCACAAUCAAUGGUGACGCCGAUCACUCAGCAUAUGCAAGUACCAUUGUCCUACGCUGAUGCUGUAAUUGGAACAGCAGGUUCAAAUAUUAGUUACAUUAGGCGUGCUAGUGGGGCAACCAUUACAAUACAGGAAACUAGGGGUGUGCCGGGAGAAAUGACUGUUGAAAUUAAUGGAAGUGCGUCCCAAGUCCAAACUGCUCAGCAGUUGAUACAGAAUUUCAUGGCUGAAGCUGCUGGCCAAGCACAAAACCAGGUCAGUGGCCCCGCAGACAAUGCAUAUCAGACUCAUGGUUCCAUGUACGCAGCAGCACCAUCAGACGAUGGACAUGCAGGCCAAGCUGCAGGAGGUUAUGGUCCUGUUUAUGGAGCUAAUUACGGAUAUUAGCAUCUUUUAGACCUUGGAUAUAGAAAGAUGGCCAGCAGAGCCUUCUUAUGGAUUAGGCCAGCUAGGCUGUUGCCUAUAGCCUCAAAUUGGCCCAAAAAAGUUUAACUUUUUGUUACAGCUUGGUUGUUUUUCUCUGCCAUAUAGGUAGUGCUUUUACAUAGUAUCUUAGUAGUAACUAGAUAUAACUCGUGCCUGAUCGUGUUUUCUUCGUGUUAAAGAAAAUAUUUAUUGUCCAGCCACCUAAUUAUGAGACGGUGACAUUGUGUAAAAUUAGAUUGUAUGAAAUUAUACAAAUAACAACUGAUCAAAAAGACUGAGGUGGAAAAUUCCCGACAACAAGUAUUCAUGA